AUGAUUUGGUCCACCGUCUUCGCCAGCGCGCUCUUGACGCAAUGCGUCUCUGCGCAGAACAUGCUGCGCUUCGCCUGCUCGCAGCUCACCGUUGAGAGAGCCGAUCCGUUGGUGAACCCCGGCCAGCGACCCUCACCACACACGCAUCAGAUUAUCGGAGGAAACUCUUUCAACCUUACCAUGGAGCCUGGUGUCUUUGAUCCUCCGACACGUUCGACUUGUACGUCUUGCACAUACAGCGAGGACUUCAGCAACUACUGGACUGCCUCGCUCUACUUCAAAUCGCCCGAGAAUGGCACAUUCCAACGUGUGCCCCAGUUCGCCAACGUAGGGCUCCAGCAAGACGGUGGCAUGACGGUGUACUACAUGCCGUACUCUGCGAAGAACAACAAGAUGACGGCCUUCAAGCCUGGGUUCCGCAUGAUUGCGGGUGAUCCUAUGGCCAAGAAGCCUAAUCGCGCGAGCAUCUGCCAUCGAUGCUUGCAAAACGGGGAAGGCUUUGCGCCCUGUGACGCGAAAGACACCGCAGAACUGCCCAACAAGUACUGUCCUGGUGGCAUCAGAGCGACGGUCAUCUUUCCGUCUUGCUGGGAUGGAAAGAACCUUGAUUCGCCCGAUCACAAAAGCCACGUCGCGUACUCCAACGGCGGAGGUCUAGGCACCCCAAACUGUCCCAGUACGCACCCGGUAGCUAUCCCGCAGGUGAUGUACGAGAUCAUGUGGGACACCGGCCGGUACAAAAACAACGCAUGGUACGGCAACAACAAGCAGCCGUUCGUGUACAGCUUUGGCGAUGGUACGGGUUACGGACAGCAUGGUGACUACCUCUUUGGCUGGAAAGACGACUCGCUCCAGAAGGCCAUGGAUGCUUUGCCAAGCGGCAAGUGUGCGAACGCCAACUGUCAGGUGUUGAAGAUUCAGUCUGCGCAAGACUCGAUGAAAUGCAAGAAACCGCAACAGGCGGUUGAGGAUGUCGGAGUAGCGACUUUCGCCAUGUCUGCUUUCACCAACCCAGUUCUCCCUGGCUUCAACCCAGACCCGUCUGUCGUACGCGUGGGUAGCGACUACUUCUGUGUUACCUCGUCCUUCGAAUACUUUCCCGGCGCGCCCAUAUAUCACAGUAAAGACCUUAUCAAAUGGAAGCUGAUCGGCCAUGCGCUCUCGCGCAAGUCACAACUGGAUAUCAAGACUCCUGAGCCGGGAGGCGGUAUCUGGGCAACAACCAUUCGUUACCACAAGGGGACAUUCUAUAUCAUUACCAACUCUUUCGACCGAUACAGACCGCAAAACGACGAUCGCGUAUGGCCCCGAGGCUUCUACGUCAAAACCACCAACAUCUGGAACGACAGCACGUGGUCCGAACCUGUGUACUUCGACCAAAUUGGCUUCGACUUCGACCUGUUCUGGGACGACGAUGGUCAGGUAUACUUGUCUUCCACCUACAGGAAGCUUGAUCGGACUCCUGGGGGCAAAUUGAAAGACUUUGCGAUACACAUAUCUACUGUCGAUCUGGAAACUGGCACUUUGAAGUCUACGCCUAAGAUGGUUCGGGAGUCGGAGUCCGGUAUAUCAGAGGGGUCGCAUCUUUUCAAGUUGAACGGCUACUACUAUCUCUUCACGGCGGAAGGAGGCACAGAGUCUGGGCACUGCGAAUAUGUGAGCCGGAGUCGGGAAAGCCCCUUCGGACCUUGGGAGCAAGCACCGCACAACCCACUUUGGCGCAACACAACAGACGACGAGAUCCAGAAUACUGGCCAUUGCGAUAUUGUUGAGGACACCCAAGGCCAGUGGUGGGCCAUGUGUCUAGGCGUGCGACCGAGGAAGGAAGAUGACGAAUGGCGAACUUCGGUUUUCGGACGCGAGUCCAUGUUACUCCCUGUCCGUUGGGAAAAUGACUGGCCAAUUUUCAACGAAGGGAAACCGGUCACACUGCAGAUGAACGGGCCGAAAGAGUCCACUCUUGAUGACGACAAGGCUUGGAGGGAUGAUUUCAGCGGGGUCAGGCUCGGCCUUGGCUGGUACAGGAAGAAUACACCCGUGAAGAAGGACUACUCGAUGACAGCGCGACACGAUUCUCUCACCCUAAAUGGCGGUCCAUACACCCUCUCGAUGCCAGCAUGUCCGACGCUAUUCCUGCGAAAGCAACGACAUUGGCUGGUGACGUGGGAGACCCAAUUGGAUUUCCAACCAAACGCUCCACGCGUCGAGGCCGGAACCGUGUUGUACUGGAAUCACACUUGCUACUCUAGCAUUGGCAUUGCUUUUGCCGAUCGCAAUGGUCAGUCUCAACGAUGCAUUCGACUUACCCGUCCAGACAUGGAGAAUGUGGAGCAACCCAUUUCAGAGAAGGGUGAGGUGAAGCUCGCCAUCGAGAGUACGGCUACCUCCUACCGGUUUGGCUACCGGGAAAUCGGCGAUGGGGCACAGCAGAGCGCUGAGUGGACAUGGCUGGGCGAGAUUGAUACCCAGGUCAUGACGCGUAACCCAGACAUUGGGCAGCCUUUCACUGGCAUGAUGAUGGGCCUGUAUUCGUAUGGCGAACUGCAGCCUGUACUGACUCCGGCGCAUUUCGCUUAUGCCGAAUUUCGGUAG